AUGAUCGCCUUGUGGAAUUGGACAAGAAAACUGUUCCAGAAUCUGAUAAAGAGGCUCUUUCAGCGUGGAUGGCCGGUGAUCUCUUUCCCUACGAGCGGCUUCGAUAUCAUUGAAGAUUCCAAACUUCUUGGCGAGGAAAAAACAACGUCAUCUCCUCUAGAUGAAUACUACCCGGUCAACAUUGGUGAUGUUUUGGAUAGCCGGUAUCAAGUUGUCGGAAAACUUGGGUCUGGUCGUUUCUCGACAGUUUGGCUCGCUCGAGACCUCAGGAAUCGCCGAUAUGUCUCCUUGAAGGUUUUGACUAACCAUGAAAUCACCAAGGAGGAAUCCGAGAUAUACAAAGAAGUAAGCCGGCCCUCGGAACAUCCAGGGCGUAACCAUGUGAGGGAUGUCUUGGAUAAAUUCACGCUGCCUCGAUCUACUGGAGACCAUAUUUGCCUCGUGCAUCCACCCCUCGGGAUGAGUAUAGAUUCUAUGCAAUUGAUCGCGAUGUCUGCAAAAAACCACCUUCCUAUGGAUGUCGUCAAAAUGGUGACAAGGGAUAUUCUGUUGGCAUUAGACUAUUUGCAUACCGAGCGCAAACUCGUUCAUACAGAUAUAAAAGGAGAAAAUAUUUUGCAGGUGCUUGAGGGCAAUGAGAUAUUCGAUAACUUUGUUGAACUCGAGUUAAAGGAUCCAUCAUCUCGUAAGAUUGUCGGUGACAAAGUCCUUUACGAGGAAAGGAUGUUGGGGCAACUCAAACGUUGCCAAUGGGUACUGGGUGACCUUGGAUCUACAGUCAAGGGAGACGAAGAAAGAAAUCACCUUGCUCAGCCUCAGGUAUUCCGAUCACCCGAGGUGAUGCUGGAGGUGAAUUGGAGUUAUCCGACUGAUAUUUGGAAUCUGGGAGUUGUGGUCUGGCAACUUGUUGAAUGCGAACUUCUGUUCAGCGGCUGGGACAUGGAAUUGGAUCAACAUUUUCGCCGCAUACACCUUGGGCAGAUCAUUGGACUCUUAGGGAUGCCGCCAAAUGAUCUUCUUCAACAAGGGAAGGGAACUCCUGAAUUGUUUGACAAAGAUGGCAAUUGGAUUGUUGAGGAUGUGGAAAUCAAGGAAGAAAAAUUGGAAGACCGGGAAGACCGUUUUUAUGAGGGCGAAGAGAAAGAGCAGUUCCUAUCAUUCAUCAGGAGCAUGGUCACAUGGCGACAAGAAGACCGCCUGACUGCUGCAGAGUUACUUGAACAUCCGUGGCUUAAGGAGUCUGAGCCUGACACCCCAAAUGUUGAUUUAGUAGGGAGAUGGGGAGGAUAA